CGAUCGGAACGAGCGAGGUCCGUCGGGGCGCAGUCAGGACGUCGGUCAGAGGGAAGGAAGGAAGUCCAGGCAUCGAGUCCCGCAGAGGGGAAAAAAUUCUUCGGCUCGUUCGAAGAUCUCGCUUCGAAGCCCGAAUUCCGAUUCGGCCCGACCGGGGCGCAUCGCACCGAGGCUGGCCUGCCAGCGAACCCGCGCUCGCCCCGCUCCGCGCAGCAUCGAGGCGUCUGGUCUGCGCCCGUGGUACUGCCCAUAUCCACCAGCUCGGAGCUGCGGCGGGGCGUUUGUCCUUUGUUGUUGGAUCGGGGGAUUUGGACUGACCCCAUCAUCCAGCCCUCGCGGCUCGCUCCGUCGCUAAGUCGGUCUGAGGCUGGCUCGCUCUCGAGCGAUGGCGAAAUUCGUGAACACGAGCCAUCAUGGGACCGUGAGUUCACCACGAGCUCUGUAGGCCGUCUUCCGCAGUCGCUGCUGCCCGGAAAACCCGGGAGGGGGCAUCGUCGUCGUCGCGGGCGUCGCAGCAGUGGCAGUCAGGAGUGGCAGUGGCUGUAAAAGCGUCGCCGUAGCGCAACGCUAUCACCCCGCGACGGAACCGAAGCUCGCUGUCGCAAUUCUUCAGCUCGAGCUCGAGCUCGAAUUGCGUCUCCAUGGCUGCUCUGCAGAGCAGCUCAAUCGCGGGAGGCCUCGAUGGCUCGCUGUGCCAUUCCUCCGCCGUCCUCCGACGCGACGCCCAAUCUCUCCGCUCCUCCGGACAUUGCCAUUUCUCCGGCUCGCUCCGCCUCAGCGGGGCUUCCUCAGCUUCAUCGACAGCAGCAGCAGCAGCUGCGCAGAGCAGGAAGAGCUCGCUCGUCGUGAGAGCGGAGGAGGAGUCGUUCUUCCAGAACCUGGGCACGCAGUUCUUCAAAGCCGGAGGGAAGAAAUCCCCGCCCGAUGACGUGCCCGCCACGCGGGCCGGCGGGACGCAGCUCUUCAGGCUCGGCCAGAAGAGAGCGGCGCAGGUCGAGGACGACGAGGACGACGAUGACGAGGACGAGGAGCGUCCGAAUUUCGGCACGCAGUUCUUCAACCUCGGCGGCAAGAGGAAGAGCGCGGGCUCUGGCACCGUCACCGAGGCGGCGGGGGGGUCCAACGGCACCGCGCUGGUGGCGCGGCGCGAGGGCACGCUGGCGUUACAGUCUUUGCAAUUCGGCCGCGGCCGCCGGGUCGAUCCCAAGACCGUCUUCGUCGCCGGCUCCACGGGCCAAAUUGGCGCCCGAAUUUCGCAGCAGCUCCUCCGCGCCGGCUUCAGCGUGCGCGGCGGCGUCCCCGACCUCUACGUCGCCCAGCAGCUCGCUGAGUUCGCCACGCAGUAUGGAGUGAUCAGCAGGGACGAGGCGAAGAGAUUGAACGCGGUGGAGUUUGACUUCAAAAAUGUGUCAUCGAUCGCCAAAGCGCUGGGAAAUGCUGGGAAGGUUGUGGUGACAAUCGGCCCCACGGAAGACGGGCCUCGUUCCAAGGUGACGACCGAUGAUGCGUUGCGCGUCUUGGAGGCUGCAGCUCUUUCGAACGCUGCCCACUUUGUUCUGGUUUCGGACCCUGGGCAAGGACCAGCUUCGGAUAAUGGAAAUCCUCUGGCGGGGAUUUCUUUCUUCUUCAGUAACCUGUUCAAGAAGAACACGGAGCCUUCCGAGACUGAAGUGGUCGAUAAAAUCGUCGAGAGUGGUCUCACCUACACCAUAAUUAGAGCUGGCUCCACAGAUGGUAUAGAUGACUACGCUCCCGAUGGUGGAAACCUGGUUGUUGAGGCUGAAGGUGCUUCUGAUCCUAGCUUCAAGGUCUCCAAGAUCCAAGUUGCUUCUGUGGUGGCUGGCGUGUUUUCCAACUCCGGAGUGUCUGAAAACAAGGUUGUGGAAGUCGCCUCCAGUCCGAAUGCACCUUCUCGACCAGUGGACGAGCUUUUGAGUGCUAUACCAGUGGACACCAGAAGAGCAGUUUUGGAGGAGGAGCGGGCUCGAGCUGAAGCUGAGGCAAGGGAGAAGGAAGCUCGAGCUAGAGCCGAAGCCGAGGCCCAAGCAGCGAUGGAAGAGGCUCGAGAGGCAACCAUGCUCGCAGCACAAUUAGAAGCUGAGGCCAAGAAGCUGGCCGCUGAGGAGGCCAGGGCCGCAGCCCUGGCGGCCAAAGCUCAAGCCAGAGCCGAUGCCGCCUCUGCCUCUGUCGAUGGACUGCAAGCCAGGGCCCAGGAGCUGGGUGGAAACCCACUGAAGACCAUGACCGGACGCCUAGGACAGCAGGUGUCUUUUAAACUGGACGAAAAAAUGUUCAACAAGGGUCGUGUAUCAUCUCCGAAAGCAGCAGCAUCCGAGGCAGCCCCAGAGAAAGUCAUGAAACCCGAGGGCUUCGUCUUCCCAUCGUUUCCAUCCUUCUCCAAGAAGGAAUCCAAACCAGCCCCGUCACCAGCUCGAGCUGCAGCAGCAACUGCCUCUCCGACCCCUGCCAAGUCAGCAGGCUUCUUCGGAGGGUUUUUCAACUCCCAAGAGACCAUCUACAUGGAAGAGGACUAGGCGCAGCAGCAGUCCACUCGAGGUGUUGUCACUUAUCGACGUCCUCACCCAGUGCCUGUAAAGGUUCGGAAUCUAUAUAUCUCAGACACCUAGAGUUUGUAUGCAGAUUCCUGAGGAUGAACCGCCCUACAUCCUGAUUCUUUGUUGUAACAUAUGAAUGGGCACCAUCAGAGGCUGCUGCAGUCAAACCUGUACAGCAGCUUGAGUGUAAUUUUUCGCAACCCUAGCCCUAGAGCCCUCGAUUGGGAUGAAAGCCUGGAGCAUAAUUUUCUCCAGGCCUUUUCUCCUCAUGAUGUAUGUUGAAAUUAGAAACUGUAUCCAUAAAUCGAUGACCGUGCAGCGUGUAUUUGAAUCGAGAAGCGAAAGACGGAUAGUGCAAGAAAUUAUCUGCCUGUGAACUGAAGUUUAAUAUCUCGAUCCUCCC